AGACAAACGGUUGUCCGGCACGUCAUUAAUUCAGUAUGGCGGAGUUGUCGGUUGAAUGAUUUCAAACCAAACCGACGGGUCCUAAAAGCCCGCACCGUGGAUGCCUCAGAGAGUGGGAGAAAUCCAGCACUUCGCGUUAAAGUGCGUCCAACUCAGGCUGGUGGUUUGGAAGGAGGAAUCCAGCACUCAGUGGUCUCUACAUGUGGCUUGGUGUGAUGAUGUCUUGUGAAACAAACCUGAUCUGUCCACCUAUGGCCUGGCUGCGUAGCAUAUGAUGGUAACUGCAUCCACCACAGUGGUGCACUGACACCACAAAUGAUCUCCUCUUCUUCCCUGUCGUUCCAGCAACCAAAACAAUGAGCUCUCACAGUCGACAAGUGGACGUGAGCACAGCAGCGCUGCCUUCGCAGGUGCCCACCACCACAACCAUCCUUCCCAUGGACCUUCGUGUAGUGGACCACCCCCAUCACCACCACCAGCAGCCUCCCUUUGGCCUGGUUUCCCAGCCCCACCCCAAUCCAGCCCCCUCCACAGCUUGUCCUGCAUCAUCCGAGGCAGGCCGCGCACCUGUUAUAAACCAGCAGGAGCAGCACCUGCAGCAGGAGCUUGUGGCUCUCAAACACAAGCAGCAGCUCCAGAGGCAGCUACUGAUUGCAGAGUUUCAGAGGCAACAUGAACAGCUGUCCCGGCAACAUGAAGCCCAGCUGCAGGAACACAUUAAGCACCAACAGGAUUUGCUGGCACUCAAGCAUCAACAAGAGCUGCUGGAGCAUCAUAGAAAGAUGGAGCAGCAACGUCAUGAGCAGCAGCUGGAGAAGCAGCAGCGGGAGCAAAAACUCCAACAGCUCAAAAACAAGGAGAGGGGACAAGAGAGUGCAGUGGCCAGUACAGAGGUAAAGAUGCGACUGCAGGAAUUUGUCCUGAACAAGAAGAAAGCCCUGGCUCAGCGAAACUUAAACCACUGUCUGCCCAGUGACCCGCGCUACUGGUAUGGAAAAACCCAACAUAGCUCUUUGGACCAGAGCUCACCUCCUCAAACAGCACUGUUGGCGUACAACCAUCCAAUGCUGGGCACAUACGACUCAAAAGACGACUUCCCGCUCCGCAAAACAGCAUCCGAACCCAACCUGAAGCUUCGGUCUCGGCUAAAGCAGAAGGUGACAGAGCGUCGCAGCAGCCCUCUGCUCCGCAGGAAAGAUGGAGCCAUCACCAGUGCCAAGAAGCGAUCGCUAGACCUGGCUGAGUCUGCAUGCAACAGUGCACCGGGUUCAGGGCCCAGUUCCCCCAACAACAGCUCCAGUAGCAUCCCCAGUGAGAAUGGUGUCCCGAUUUCCAGCAGCCCAGGAGAGACCUCUCUGCUUCAGAGGUUGGCUGCGAGGGAAGGUUCAGUUAGCCAGCUCUCUCUCUACACCUCACCGUCUCUCCCCAACAUCACUUUAGGACUGCCGGCCUCAGGUCCUGCAAACACUGUGGUAUCGGGACACCAAGAUGGCGAGAGUCAUCUGGCAUUGCCUGCGUUACAGCAGGGCAUUCCACUGACACCCUCUUUUCUUCCCACUGCCCACCUGCCCUCCUAUUUGGCAUCUUCAGCACUAGAGAGGGAGGGUGCUGGUGGGGGCACAGCUGGUCACAACCCCCUCCUUCAACACAUGGUCCUCCUGGAGAAGAGCCACGGUCCGAUGGUUGGUCUCGGUGGCCUACCGCUACCGUCACCCACCAUCUCCAAGUUUGUGCGGGGCCACCGUCCCCUGGGCAGAACCCAGUCAGCCCCUCUACCCCAGCAGCCAUGUGGACAGGCCCAGGCCCUGCAGCAGCUGGUGGUCCAGCAGCAGCACCAGCAGUUCCUGGAGAAGCACAAACAGCUUUUCCAACAGCAGCAGCAGCAACAUCUCAUCAACAAGAUCAUGUCCAAGCCUGGGGAUCAGGUCUCUGCUCCAGGCUCUGGUUCCUCAGUGGCAGGCAGGCAACACCAGAGUCACCCAGAGGAGACAGAAGAGGAGCUCAGAGAGCACCAGGGACUCUCCUCGUCCUCAUCGCCAUCCUCCUCUACUUCUGUGCAGGAAACGUCACUGUUGCGGGGACUGGUCAUCAAGCAGGAGCCUCCGGAUCCUCAAGAGGGGGAAGAGAGGGAGCAAAGGGAGAGACAAGCUGAACAGGACUUCCUGUUUAAACAGCAAGCAAUGCUGUUAGAGCAGCAGCGAAUCCACCAGUUGAGGAGCUACCGAGCCUCCAUGGAAGCAGUGGGGUUAAACGUAAGCAUGGUUGGACACCGACCUCUGUCCAGGGCUCAGUCUUCUCCGGCCUCUGCCUCCUUCCCCAUGGUCGUCCAGGAGCCUCCAACCAAGCAUCGAUUCACUACAGGUCUGGUGUAUGACUCUUUGAUGCAGAAGCACCAGUGUAUAUGCGGUAACACCACUAGUCAUCCAGAGCACGCCGGUCGCAUUCAGAGCGUCUGGUCCCGCCUGCAGGAAACGGGCCUCAGAGCUCACUGUGAGUGCAUCCGUGGAAGGAAAGCCUCCCUGGAGGAGUUACAGACCGUUCACUCUGAGGCCCAUGUUUUAUUGUAUGGAACUAACCCCCUGCGACAGAAACUUGACUGUUCAGUAAAUCCCAUGUUUGUGAGGCUACCCUGCGGAGGCGUAGGGGUGGACAGCGACACCAUUUGGAAUGAGGUCCAUUCAUCCAGUGCAGCUCGUCUGGCCGUCGGCUCGGUGGUGGAGCUGGUUUUUAAAGUGGCAUCAGGAGAGCUGAAGAAUGGUUUUGCUGUAGUUCGACCACCUGGACACCACGCUGAGGAGAGCACACCCAUGGGCUUCUGUUAUUUUAACUCGGUCGCCAUAGCAGCCAAGCUCCUGCAGCAGAGGCUCAACGUCAGCAAAAUCCUCAUAGUGGACUGGGAUGUUCACCAUGGUAAUGGCACCCAGCAGGCCUUCUACACUGACCCCAGCGUGCUUUACCUGUCUCUUCAUCGCUAUGACGAUGGGAACUUCUUCCCGGGCAGCGGAGCCCCCGAUGAGGUGGGCAGUGGCGCGGGAGUGGGCUUUAACGUGAACAUGGCCUUUACCGGAGGACUAGAACCUCCCAUGGGUGAUGCAGAGUAUCUAGCUGCUUUCAGGACAGUAGUGAUGCCCAUCGCCAAUGAGUUUGCUCCAGAUGUAGUUCUGGUCUCCUCUGGCUUUGAUGCGGUGGAGGGACAUGCUCCACCCCUGGGUGGAUACAGUGUAACUGCCAAAUGCUUCGGCUACCUGACCAGGCAGCUGAUGGGUCUGGCGGGCGGCCGCUUGGUGCUUGCCUUGGAGGGGGGUCAUGACCUCACAGCCAUAUGCGAUGCCUCCGAAGCCUGCAUCUCUGCUCUGCUCGGCAAUGAGUUGGAUCCCAUUCCUGACGAGGUGCUCCAGCAGAGACCAAAUAUCAAUGCUGUGCGUUCUAUGGAGAAAGUAGUCGAAACUCAGAGUAAAUACUGGCGUUCACUGCAGCGCUUGGUCUCUACACUCGGUUGUUCACUGAGCGAAGCCCUUCAGCGGGAUGCAGAUGAGGCUGAAACCGUCUCUGCCAUGGCCUCAUUGUCUGUCGCUAACAAGCACAUUGGAAAACGAGCUGAAGAAGAACCAAUGGAAGAGGAAGCUACAAUGUAAAGAAACACCACUCAGACCAGUCUUAAUCUUAGUCCUCAUCCUCAUCGUCAGUCAGUUCUAAUUAACAGUAGAUGCCUCUCCUUCGUCUCAUCACUGCUGUAACAAAGUGGCAUCUUGUUGGCGGGAGCCAACAAGCAGCACUGACAUGCGCCAUCCUUAAAGGAAGCGGACAGCUGAGAAGGAUGACCGAGGUGUGCGCCCAUUAGCAUUGACAGGGCAGUCGGCAUAAACCAGUUCCACUUGAUGACAUCAGAAGACUGAGUUAGUCCUCCCACUGGGACCGACUCGAGUGCUUUUAAAACACUAGCAUGAUGUACUUCUGACUGUUGGUCUGAACCAUACAUAGGCAUUCUGCAGCCGUCUGCUUCUCCUGCUUUACCUUCAUCUUCUAACUUUCAUGCGGACCACCAGAGCUGUUGUGAUUGUGACUCUGCACUAAGGGAGGAGUCCCUCUGUUUCAGGAUAUCUGAAAGAAACUAAGUUGUUAAAUUUUCUUUUCCCAGGUUAUUCAAAGUCACAGAUCAGAAAAUAAAGAAACUGUCGGGGUUUCCAAAAUUAUUGCCAGUAAAAGACUGAGCAUUUGUGCCUUUUUUUUUCUUUCUUAACUCCACUUAAAGAGCUUUGCCUUACAAACAGGUUUUUGGAUUCUCUUUAGCCCAUUAAAUAUUUUUGUCCUGGCAAGACCUGAGCUGCCUGCAUGCUGUUAGCACAUAGACUGGGCGACCUUUGGCAUGUUUACCUAUAAUUCCCUGCAACCAGCCCACCAUCUUUGCAUUUUGCCCUCAUUUCCAGCCUGGAAGGUAGUUCCCAGACACAAGUUGGAGAUGGCUCAGUUGAAAAGGUGUUUGUUUGAGGAUCACAAAUGCCCCAGUACUCCUGGGUCAAAAGAAUAUUUAAGUAGCAUGCACUUUACUUAAGAAAACUGUAUGAAAACUAGAAUCUUCUUUGUUAAUGAUAACAACACAACAAAACCUGACAGAUUUUCAUCAGUGGCAGUAAAAUUGGACUCACUGUUUGCAGAUUAUUGAGGGAUGUAAUUCAUUUCAUGUGGGCCAAUUUGUUUAACUAGCCCCUCUCUGUAGGACAGAUAUGUUUCCGUGGUAACAAGGCUCAUACCACCUGGGAUUUUCCAGAGGUUCCCACAGCUGGUUUAACAUCUUGGUAACACAUCUGCUCCCCAAAUGUCAGGUGCUAUGCAGCAGGUGUGUGUGCGUGUGUAUGUGUGUGUGUGUCUGAAGGUCUGCUCAAAUGCAGAGAAACACAAGCUGUUUUUCAUUUAUGUGAAGCAAUAUAUACAUGUUUAAAGUUGCUUUACAUUUAAUUAUUUUUUAACUUUCUUAAGAAACUAAGUGAAAUGAGCAUAUUAGUAACUUGAAAUAGGACAGAGAUGAUUAGAGUUUUAAACCCUGCACCGUGUGGAUUAGUUUCAGAAACAGUUAAUACCUGUUGUCAUUAUUGUAGAAUCCCUUAAAAAGAAUUUGUGUGUCUGUUGUCUUAGAAUAAGAUGUUUUUGUUUUUUUGUUUUUUUAUCUACAGACCAUGUUUAGUACAGUAGCCCAAACUCUGGCUCCAAAAUUGACCUUUUACACUUUUUUGCCACCACCAUAGUUUAUUUCCGCUAAUUUAGAAAGAGGAGGUGGGGCUUUAAUUGGUUGCAGUCUGUAAGUUCACCACCCGAUGUCCUCCCUCUUCAUAACCAUCCUUUCGACUUGUGCUCGGCCCUCUGGGUAACUACCUUCUGCCACCUUUUUUUUUUUUUUCCUUCCAGUGAACAGAAAACAGAGCGCUGUAGUGUUACGGCUGUUUACUGUACAUAUGACACUGAUUUCCUGAGGAUUCCUGCCACACACACACACACACAAACAUCAAUGACUACUUGUGUUGAAUCCUUUCCCUCUCGUUCACUUUGUCGCCCUACAGUGGACUGUAGUGACUUAGUUUUGUAACUUUUUUUAAUGUGUUAACAUGUUGUUUUGUACAUGCUGUCUACUCUUGUUUCUCUACUACAUUGUAUAGAUGACACACUUUGCAGCAAAAGAGGGUUCAGACUCAGUUUUUCACCUGAACACGUCUCUUUUGGUGGGAGUGUUGGGAGGAAAACGUUUCUACUUUGUAAAAUGAUGGACAAUUGUGUAUUUACUGUCUGUUCAUAGUAGAUUUAUAUAUAAAAGAAAUGAGUAUAUUAUAUAUAUCUAUACAUAAUGAAAUACUUUGACCUUGCUGGCAUUGAAAAAUGAGACUUUUCAUGGGUCAGACUUAAAGUCUGCCCUGUUUUUUUGGGUGUUACUGAAGGCACUGCUUGCUGUCUUGGGUUACAGUUAGAUUAGUGUUCAACUUUUUUCUUUUUUUUUUUUGUCUGACAUGUUUGUCUUUGGACAGUGAUAACUUUAUUUAUCCCACUGGUACCACAGCACUGUUACUGGGGGUGUGCAGAUGCCCUCUUCCCUGCUUCACAUGUUCAUGCACAUUUCUGUAUCAUUCCAUACUUUUGAUGUAAUAUGUUUAGCUGUUAUUGUAAAAAAAAACAAACACUGGUAUUGGGUGGCAUUAAUCAGACUUCAGUAUUUUGAGGAAUGUGAGAUGACAAUUCAGAGUUCUGCACUUCAUUUCCUCAUGACUGUUCGUCUCUCUUUAAUGUUUACAAGUUCUUCCUGUAACGUCUCUGAGAAGGAGGGAAAGCUGGAUUUGAAUCGGAAGUCGGUGUCAAAGGAUGUAAAUUAUUUGAUCUUUUAUUUAUCAGGCCCAAAUUAGCUUUGAUCUGAAUUAACUCUGCAUAUGUUAUUAUAUCCAUCAUUUAUGGUGUGUAAGGGAUUAUUCUCGAUUUUCAGUGGAGUUUAGUGGGACUUUUCCUGGAUCCAAAAAGUUUGGUCUGUACAGCAAGGUUUUGAUACUAACCUUUGUUUAAAAUUGGACUUUUUUUUAUAAAAAUAACUUCAUCUGUCUUAAGCAGGAUUUCCAUAUCAUGUGUUGAUAAUUGCUGAAGUUUUUUCUGAAUGAUAUCAGUGUAACUUUUCACAUUUUGAUUGAACGUAUCUGACCCCUGAUGCUAGAAAUAAUGUGUAAUCCUGCAAAUGGAGCUGAAAAAAGUUUUGAAAAAUGGCCUGCCUUUCUCACCACUUCUACAAAUGACCAGAGGGGGUCAAAAUAUUCACUAUUCUAGCUUUUAUGUGUGUGUGUGUUGGUAAAUUUACAAUAACAGGGAGAAUGUGUUGACACAAAUCCAAGAUUGCUGUAAAUAGUUUUCCAUAAACUGCAAAGAUAGUUUUUUGUGUGUGUAUUUCUCUGUGCAUUCCUCCUUUUAUUAGUCUCCUACAGAUAACACCACUUUCUUCUCUUUUUGUCACUUCUGGACCUGUUUGUUUUUGCCGUACAGGCCCGUUUGCGGUCGGGACAUGAGCAUUUGUCUUACCAGGCUGUCCUGCACAACUCCUCAUGUUGGACACACACACAUCUCUGCACAUGCUUACACACAGCCUUUGUGCAGCAGUGCCAGUCGUGGUUUUCCUGCUGUUUAAUACUUCAGUUUCUCAAAUGCAGCCAAAACUAGCACUGUAUGGCUACUCCAACCAUCUGUCUUCACAGUUAGUCUUAGAACAAUGUCCAGUUACAGAAGAGAAAAAAGACAUUCCACUUUGUUAGAAUUUCCAUUUAUCAGGGGUCACUGGUAAUAAAUGGACUUCAUUCCUCUUUUGUCUCUUUGCAUGAUCUGUACGUCUGCAUCCACUGCCUAGCUGUCUGUCUGUCCUCAUACCAGCUCCAGCUCUAUUACCCCGCUUUCUGUUUCUUUUGGGGAGGUGUUUGAAUGCUUUCCGUGUUGUUUUUUUUUUACCUGCAGCAUCUGUAGAAUCCUAAUUCUAAUCAUCCGACCUGGAAGACAUAAGUUGAUUUAGCACAUUUUGUAAUUAUGUAGAAAAGCGAAUUGUUUUAGAGGUGCGCUUUGUAAACUGCAGCAACAGAAUGGGCGUAGUUUUCAUUCCAGAGGAGAUGUGACUUUGGAUUUUUUUUUUUUCUUUUCACAUCUGGACUUUUUAAAGGGCUCCAGCCAGAUGUUGGUCCAUUGUUAAGGUGCUCCAUUCCAGUAAAUAUACCAGGUAUCUCUAUGACCACUGUGGUUAAAAAACAAACAGUUCUAGGUUUACAUGUGUACAAUUUUUUUUCAUUCUGUUUUUGACUUGUUCUGCCAUUGUUAAAAAAAUAGUGCAUUUUUCUCGGGAAACCUUUGCUCUAACAUGUUGUCUUUGACAUGUACGAUAUAAAGUAUUGUUUUGGAAAA